UCUUAAUUAAGGGCGGAGAGUUACGUUGCCAUGAAGAGUGAUUGUUUGGGUUAUAUGACGUUGAAAUAUGAGGACUUUCUGCCGAAAAUCUAGGUUGAGUUUGCAAGGUCUUGAAGAAAAGGACGAGAUUUGAUAGUAGAAUAUAUAUAGAUUAGCGCCCAACCACUCUCGUUCCUAUUCAACCCACCACACUCAUUUCAACUCAAACUGCGCAACACUCAUUCUCCACACCACUAUCUCAUCCACCAACCUCCCGACGUAUCCAAACCAAAAUGUUCAACCCCACCCCUCUCAUCCCCUUCCUCUUCCUCGCCCUCGCCUCUGCCCAAGAUGAAUGGUCGUCCUACGGUUUCCGCCUCGCCAACUGCAGCACAGGCAUUUUCCCAAACAUAACGGGCAAAGUCUUCUACUUCGACAACAUCGACGCUCCUCUGACAGUCAGCAAGCCUAAGUUCAAUACCACCAUUCCGAACUUCGUGACGUGGAAUGUGGCCAAUAAGAUCGUCAAGGUUAACGACAUAUACUUUGGUUUGUCACUUGAGGAUAACUUCUCGACGAAGGCGGGGGAUCUUGUUGGGAAGGCACAGGUAUGCUUUUUCCUCUGCUCUGUCUGCUGUGAGGUGUCUUGGCUAACGGGAUAUGUUUACAGUAUUGGGAUAUCCCUGCGGAACAAUGUGGGAUGGGGAGAGUCGGGUACAAUGCUUUGGACUGUGCGAGAGGCGAUGAUGCGGUGCUGACUGAGGGGGGUACUGCGGGGGAGACUUGUAAGUCUGCGUAUGUGUGUAAGAAGACUGAUCUUGGUGUUUGUACGGAUACCCCACCAAAAGAAAUCGUAUAAAUCAAGAUGUCUUUUUGGGGGGAAGGGGUGUUGGUGAUGUAUGUUGGGGAGGGAUAUGUGGGUGGAAUUGUGAUAUGGAUUUAUGGGAUGCUAUAAUUAAUGCUGGGGUACCGUAAAUGAGAAUCUUUGUAUUGGCUUUGAUGGAUGGAUUGUGUGAAUCCUCUUUGGGAGGAAUGCUGGCUUGUUGGUGUUCUCGUUGCUCAACUUGAUGGGAGUUCACAAUGUGUUGUUUACUGUGAUUCUGUUGACCUAGAAAUAUUAACGUCAAAGAAUAUCGCCAGACUUGACAUCCCUCCUAGGUAGGAUGUAUUCUUAUUUUGAGGGUGAAGAGAUGAAGUCUUCUUGUGGUGUUAUGAAGAUGUCAUUGUAUUGGCUAUCAAAAAAGAAUGGGACUAAUUGACGAUGACUUGUAGAGUAUUCUGUGAGGAAGCGCAGUGUGCUCCAGCUUGCAAUCAAAGUACCCAUGUACUACUGUACCAGGUCACGUCAUUUCGCGUUCGCGUUAGGUUUAUCCGAAGUUUUAUCGGAAGUUUACCGGAACAUUCCCCCUCAUCCUCAUCCGCGUCGCCACAGACAAAACUCCCAACAACAAUCUCAACCACCUCAAUGCACACCUGGCAACAUAUCCUGCUACUCAUACCAGCAUCAAGAUGCCUCCCAAAGUGGGCAACCUUGAGCGCAAAGCCCGCAAAAAAAAGCAAACGCACCUCACCUUUGAGCCACUUGACCAACCAGCCAGCUCUUCUCCAGUCGCAUCAACAACGAAGCUCACACCUUCAAAGGUAAGGUAUGAGAUCCGGAACAAGACUCAACCUUCACCAACGAAGACUGCCAAAACCCUUGCUACAACAAAAUCAAAUGGUAAGUAUAGGAAGGGGCUGCAGAGGCACAUGGUGCUUCUUGAUUUUACAGACGCAAGACUAAUAGUCAAUAGCUACCACAGAGCUUUCAGAUAGUGACGAUCUUCCCAUCACGCCCACAGUCACAAGAAACAAGAGAGACAAGAAGGGUCGUCAGGGUCAAGAUUUUGCGGUUCAAAGAGAGAAGUCAAUCACCAUUUCAGAUGACGGUCCUAGUGACAGUCCAGAUCCCCCUCCAAGACAUAAUCAAAUAAGCGGCAUGUUUUCUUCCACAGCUAGACAGGCGGUUCCCAAUGAUGUUGGAGGUAGCGACUCAAGUGACGCAGAAGACUCAGAACCACUUGUGCGGAAAGGACGAGCUGCUGUUGCUUUAGACUCUGACUCAGGCAACGAUAUGGUGACUUCUUCAGCGAUCCACAAGACCCCAAGAUCGAUUGCCACUGCGACACCUCGAAAGCGCAAGACUGUCAUCAAUGUGGAUUCGGACUCUGAAUCUGAUAUAAAUGCAUCUCCCAUAAAGCGAAGACAUAUUAUGAAGGAUAGCGAUGAGGAUAGUGACGAGGCCAGCGAUGCUCCUAGUUCCGGAGGAGGCCACUUCGGCAGAAGGAUUAGAGCAAAACCGCUCUUGAGCGAUUCACCCCCUCGUACCACUCGUCAGCAGACUGGGAAGAAGAAGCACAGAACAGAGAAGGAGAAACAAAUGGAGCUUUUGAAGAGGCGUCGAGCAGGUGAAAAGAACCCCGUAUUGACGGAAUCCGAUACUGAGGAAGAAAGCGAUGACAACGUACAUCUUUCGGAUUUUGAGGACGAGGAGAAGGAUGAGGAGGCGCCAAAGGAAAAACCCAAGCGUACCCACAAGAAAUCGAAACACAGAAGUGCCUCCGGUUCAGUGGACGACGAGGAGGAUUUCAUUGUUGAUGAAGAUGAAAUUGGUGUCCCUACCUCUAUCCCUCUAGAGUUUACUUCUGGAUAUAAUAAGCCCCUCAAGGACCAUUUUACGGAUGCUGUCGAAUGUUAUAUCCACAAGAAAUUGAAUCCUGGAUUCACUGGAAAGAAGGAUGUCUUUGAGAGAGCUUUCUAUAAAUUGGACGAUAAACCUAGUGGGCUCAAGUCUAGCAAAUAUGGAUCUUCUCAAUGGGUCAUGGAUUUCGUAUUGUCGCUUGAUGCUAGACCGGAAUACCGUGAGGUUCGAAUCAAUGCCGGUGAUGCGGAGGCCAGAUGCGAAGCGUGCAAUAGGGGAGGUCAUAUUCCAACCUUCAGAAUCUCCUUCAUUGGACGACCUUACAAUAAAACCACCCUGGAAGAAGUUCAGCAAAGAGAUGAUGAAAGUCAGGCCCGAUCUAAUCAGUCCGACGACGAUGAAUCUGAGACCGGUACUGUUGAUGGUCUAGGUCGGCAUUUACCUUCUCAGGAUCGAGAAUGGCUUGUUGGCAGGUACGUCUAUCACAGAUAGCUCUCCCUUAACUAUUCAUAUCACUAAACUUGCAUCCCUCAAUUUGUCUCGCCUGCUUUUUCUCCUUGUAUGGAAUCUAACUAAUCUUGAAACACAGAUUUUGUCGAAACAAUGCCAACAAGACCCACCUUCUCACCCAUUGGCGCUACCAUCUCUACCAAUGGGUAAUCGACGCCCUUGAAGCCGAAGGCGAACUCCGUGCCCAGAAGCUCGUCAAGCGUGAGAAGAUGAAGCCUUGGAAGCGACAGCGUUAUGUGGAGAAUGUGGUCGAACGAUGGCAAGCCGAUGAUAAAAUCAAGAACUUGUUUCGUGACUACAAAAACUCUGUCGAAGCUUUAGCUGAGGAAAAGGAGCAAGGCCGAUGGGGAGAUCGUUAAGAGCCUUGAUGGGGGUACUUUUUACUCCGGGUGGGAAACAUAUAACACUCGAAUGUAAGGGUUUGGUGGUUUGAUCUGGGAAGCUGAGGAUGUCAUAUGGUAAUUUCCCGAGCUAGGAUUGAGUCCCAGAGCUCGUUGGUUUUCUGAUUAUGGGGAAAGAUAUGAGUCAUUUGGUUGCGAACCAGUCCGAUUUUUAUGGGCAUCAGAAUACGCAGCUCACGACCUUUCCUUGUGUUUUCUUGAUUUGGAGUCAUUGGGAUUCGAGAUACCCCCGGCAUGUAAUUCCUUUUUUUCAAAAAAAAAAAGGCUUUUCUUCUCCUUUUAUGCGUUCCUUGUUUAUUGUGCUCAGUGAGGUUCUUCAAAAGAGAUUCGUGGAUUCCGAGCUUUUUGGAGGGAAGGGGGUAAGAGUAAGGGAAUGAUUCUGGGAUAGAGGUGCAGAGGUGAGUUUGAGGAACUGAGGGCGGGGGAUAUUAUGUAGUGAGCACUGGUUUAUUCGAGUGUGGAUUUGACGGGGAUUCUUUUGAUGAUUUGACUUACUAUAUGGUUUAAUAUCGUUACACCUUGUUGUGACGUGGUUU